AUGAAACAGCUAUUUGUCCACAAUGGUAUUGAUGAUGCAAUUAAUAAUAUAAAUCGUGCAUUAGGUGAUAAUACUGCAUCAAAAUUAUCAGUUAUUAUACAUAGUUCAUCUGAUAUUAUUGUAAAUGAUAUUAAACAAAUUGAAAUUUCUAUUACUAAACUUCACAAGCUUUUGAAUGAUAUUGUACAAAUAAAAGAUAAUUCUUUAGAGAAUAAAAAUUCAGUAUUAUUAAUAAAUAUUCUAUGGAAAGAACUUUCUUAA